AUGCAUCCAUAUUCAUCCCCCAAUGCACCACCGUCAUCACAACGUAGUCAUAAUACCGAUAACCAUAGACCGCCACUGUUUUUGAAUCCUAAUAAUAUCGAACAACAUCAACUACCGCCUCCACACCAACAAGCAUCGUCGUCAAUAAUUCCGCACUCGGCAGGAGUGCCGAAAACAACACAAGUCCAACCCCCAUUGCCUAGCCUUGAAGGAUCGCCACACCAACACCCUACUUUACCUCUUCCACACCCCUUUGCUGACGAACAACAGCAGCAACAACAACAACAACAACAACGUGACCUUACUUCGAUGGACGCAAACCGUCAAACAAAAAGAACGAAAAAAGAUCGCGCAUGCGAUCUUUGUCGACGAAAGAAAAUACGAUGUGAUUACAGUCAAGCAUAUCCACAACUACCAUGCACGUCCUGCAAAAGCUAUAGCAAACAAUGUACAUUUAACGAGGCCGCCAGAAAGCGCGGACCACCAAAAGGAUACGUCGAAGGGCUCGAGAACCGAUUACGACGCAUGGAAGAAAUGCUGAUGAAUGUUGCCAGCACCGGACGAUUAUCACCCGAAAGCUUUCAAGAUCUGAUACAGGAUGGUACUACUACUGGUAACAGUAACAGUGCCAAAGAUGAAUCUUCAACUACGACGCGACAAACAAAAAAGCGGACAGAGAAACGACAGAAAUUAUCUCCAUCCUCGGCCUCUUCCCCUCCGUCUUCGACAGCCUCAUCAUCUAACAAUGAUCACGUCAUGACAACCACCACAAAUGAUACCACCAGUAACAACAACACUACAACUGUUAAAUCGCGACCUAUAGGAGCAGCAGCAGCAGCAACAGAUGUUUAUUCCUACGUUGGCAGUUCGUCGGGCUUACACUUGCUCGGCAAGUUGUUUCCCGAAAGCGAUUUUCAAUCCCAUUCCAACAAUCCAUCCGCAUUUGCCGAACAUGAUUCGGAUCUGAUGAUGAAACGACGACCGAGCGAUACGGGCAGCGCUGGGAUUCUACCGAAAUUUUAUCAGCAUGAUCAUGAAUGGAAAUUGCCGCAUAAAGAAGUGGUAGAUCGGCUCGUUGAGUUGUAUUUUAAAAAAAUGAAUAUCUAUAUCCCCAUUGUCGACGAAUCCGAGUUUUACCAAGCCUAUAAGAAGCAUGGAAAGCAAGGAGGAGCUAAACCCGGAGCUAGUGCUGCUGGAAAGGGAGCAGGAGGAGGAGGAAAGGCAGAAAAAGACCAAGAAGGCAAUGAUGACAGUCUAUCGGUCCCGUUGCUUAUAGCCAUCUGUCGUGCCUCGGCACGAUUGCUCGACGAGGACGAUUGGGUGGUCAAAAAACACAAUAUCAGUCGUAGCGAUCUUUUUGUGCAGUUUGCCGACGAACUGUUGUGUGAAACGGUGGAUUUCAUGGAUCCAAGCAUUGAAAAGAUCCAAAUACUCUUAUUGAGCUCGUGCAAUGCAAGGAAAUGGGCGGCCGAGAGUGCGGAUUGGCUGGGCAUCAGCUUGGCUGUCAAAAUGGCACAAGACUUGGGACUGCAUAGGUCAAACACUCAACUGGGUUUGCCGACGCAGAAAAUCGAAGCACGGAAACGAUUAUGGUGGUCGGCCUAUGUGUUGGACCGGUGGAUUUGCGCUACUCUUGGCAGACCUUUGACGAUAUCCGAUGCAGAUUGCGAUGUAGAGUUACCAGCAACGUACAACGGGCAAUAUGUGUUUCUGCGGCAUUUCAUCAAACUGUCGGCCAUUCUUGGCGAUGUGCUUCGCAUCUUGUGCAGUCCGCGCGCAAGAGCGUUUUCUGAUAAGCGACGGGGAAUGGAAGAGAUCUGCCGGAGCUUGAACAGGUCGCUGGAACAAUGGGAGCAGAGUGUACCGGACCAAUGGAAGUUUAGCCCGGCUGAAAUGGAACGGAUUGAACGGAAAGACCUGGAUGUUGAUCUUGAAAUCAAACUGAACCUCGGAGCUGGACAGUUGCGAUUAGCUUACUACUCGGUCUUGCUGUUGCUUAAGCGACCCUUCGUGGCAACGGGAGAAAGCAAUGAGUUUGAGGUUCCGGAUGAAUGUUAUGACGCUAUCCAAUCAAUCCUGAAUAUCGUCGAGGUGGUCCAGGUCAAAGCAAUGCUGAGUUUCAGCUGGUCCCUGACAAGUUACAUCAUGUUCCAAGUGCUGAUAGUGACCCUGUUACUGCUCCGUAAUCACGAUCAACGAAUUGCCACUAAUGCGGAAGCUGCUGUGGAACGCCUUGCCAAUCAAUACCGUCGAGUCGAGGCAUAUAUCCCAGAGCCAUCGGUGAUACCAGUCUUGGAAAUGCUCGCACGCCUGGUCGUAGACAACACCGGCGAUAUCAGCAACGGAAGCAGCAACAGCAGCAGCAGCAGCACUCAUGGCGGUGUUACUAGCAAUACCAAGAAGAAUAGCAGUGACAGUUAUCAGCACCAUCACCACUACAACGACCGCCCCCGCCAGAAACCUCCGCCACCUCUCAAUGACACUAAUUCGUCUGGUGUGAUUCAGUCACCGUCAUCAUCAGGCGAGGAGCAGCAGCAGCAGCAGCAGCAGCAACUCGGAAUGCCUCUCUGGGGAGCGUCGAGCGGUUUAGACUGGCAAGGCACGUGUUUCGUAUAUUGA